AAUGAAUACCUCGAAAUUGAUUCAAAAUGUUUUGAAAUUUUAAGUGUGUACACACCUAGAUUACCACUAUACAUCAUUAAGUGUUUCAUUAUUCGGAAAUUGUAUGCCUAAUGUAUGAGAUUACAUCAGUGUGGUUCAGUGUUAAAUAAAUUUCCUAAUGCUUCUAUCUCCGUAAUAAUUUUAGUAAGCUACGGUCUCUCUAAGUCAGAAAGUCAAUCUUGACAUUGCAAAAAUUUUCGAGAACGAAAGCUAAUAAUUAAUUGUCUUAGUGCAAGCAAAGAUAUAUUGGUUAAGGAUAUUGUGGUAAAGUUGGCAAAUGAAGAGAUGAAGGACGCAUUGAUCCCAAAUUCUUCUGCCAAAGAGGAAGCGCUCGCAGAUGAUUUUCAGAAAACUUCUCCGAUCGACGAGGGCAAUGGUAGCGCUGAGAAGCAAACCGAGAAAGACCUUUCAGCUCUUGGAAUUGUUUCUUCUGAGCCCAUCGAUAAUGCAGAACCCGAGGCUGCCAAUGUCUUGGCUUCUCGCCUCGAGAUCUCUGACGACAAAAAGGUUUCCAUGAAAACCAGCAAUCCUAGCAAGCAACAGAGCAAGAAGAAGAAUCACAAAUAUAGCCAUGCUCGCCAGUUGCUCCACGCCUUGACCCCCAAAGAUUCCGUGAUGAUUCUGAAGGACUUAAAAGGCGUGACCAUCGACACCAUGGACAUAAAACGGGAUCACGAGGGAAAGAUUGGGGCCCGCCUUGUUGUUAACUCAAUGGAAUACCGUGCGGUGGGCUCUUCCGUAAACUCAGCAAGGACUGCCGCCUGCGAGCAGGCCCUGAAUGACAUCUUUGUGGCCAAAAUGAAAGCUCUGUUGGCCGAACCAGAAAGGGAUUUGGGUGGCGAUGAGGAUGAUCUACUCGUAAAGUUGGCCUCUUAUGCCAUACACAAGCUUUUUGAGCAAUGGAGUAACCCAAAUAUUGAUGUGGUAGCUCUGUAUCAUGACAUGAUGAAUAAGCAGAGGCUUGCAAUCUAUACAGUCAAGGAGUUGCCAAGAGAAUGGAAGUCUAUGCAUCCUUGCGCGGUUCUUAACUAUAUGAGCCCUCAGUCCGUAUACAAGAACUUGGGUUUCACUGGCAAACCCCCAAAUGAAAUCUUCACUAUGGGCAUAUCUGUGGACGGCAAUGAGUUCGAAGCUAAGGGGAGAUCCAAGAAAUCGAUCCGCUACAAACUGGCUAUAUUAGCUUGUAACAAAUUGUUUGGAACCGACUUUCCUUUAUAAACCAAAUGUGGUAUAUUUUCAUAUACUCUAAAUCAAACAUCACAUGUAUGCGGUUACUUAAAAACUUGGUACCGUCAUUCUCAAUAAACGUCAAACGAAAUACUGA